AUGCCUCCCAAGAAAGCAUCCAGCUCCGACACCCCCACCGUCAGCGGCCUCAGCGAGAACGAACUCCGCUUCAUCAAAGCCGUCUUCGACAACAUGACCCAAAAGCCCGACGCCGACUGGGACAAGGUCGCCGGCGACCUGGGCCUCAAGGACGCAAAAUGUGCCAAGGAGCGCUUCCGCCAGAUGUCUGUCCGCCACGGCUGGCGCCCCAACGCUGCGCCGGGCAGCAACAGUCCCAGCAAGGGGAAGAAGGAUGUCACUGGUCCUUCUGGCGAUGGCAAGGUGACCAAGAAGCCGAGAGGGAGAACCCCGAAGAAGACGGCUGUCAAGAAGGGGGAGAGUGACGAUUCGGACGUGAAGAAGAGCGAGGAGGAUGAUGAUAUUAAGAUGGGUAUGAAGUCGGAGGAUGAGGAUGGUGUUCCUUUCUGA